UCAGUAUUUCGAUGAUCUAGAGUACGAUGAUGUUGAUGAUGAAGAUGGCUGUAUAGGGCCACUUGAUGAUGUGAAACUUGAAGCUGAAUUAGCCCUUAAAGUAAUUCAUCACUAUAACAAGCACAAGAGAGCAAAACUGAAAUUAGUACGGAUGAUAAGGGCCAAUGUUAUUUUUAGCUAUCUUGAUCAUUACUACAUUACAUUUUCUGCCGUUGAUGAAGAUACUGGUUGUAUUGGUACAUACCAAGCUGCACUGGCAGAGCGAGGGUCAAUCCGCAUUAUCGGGUUGUUUAGAGAUGUUGAUGCUGAUAAAACCCUGUCUAUUCUUUCAAUCAAAGGGGCAGAAGAAGAAGUGAAUUAUAAGUUGAAUUCUCGGGCAUCUAUCCAAGCUGAACAUCAACUGAAAGCUGAAUCAAGCAGCUCUAACAGUGUCAGCUCUGAUGUACAUGCAGGGGCAGAAGAAGAAAUGAAUCGUAACUUGAUUAAUGGGGCACCUUCCUUAGAUAAUACAUGUCUAGUGAAACAUGAAUUAAAAAGCAAUGAAUCUGUUAGUUGAAACUAGAACGAAGACUACUCGAAACUGAUGAGAAUAAUGCUGUAUAGUUAAACAAGGGAUUCUGUUACUCUUGCCUUGUGAUACUAAUUUGUUGCAGCACACACUUUAUGAUACCAAGUAAAUAGGUAUUUUUUAUGUCUUUGAAAAUUUU